CCCCUUUCACAAAUAUCAAUUCAAACAAAUUCCAAUUUUGUUCUUACUCUCCAUUCCUCUUUGUCCUUAAUUUCCAUAUCUUAAUUCAAUUUCCACACAAAGAAUUCCUUCGUUGGGAAACAAUUUCUAUAAACCAUUCUGCUUUUUCUUUAGCCUCAUUAUCUUGAAAACCAAGAAAAUAAAUACUUCUUAAUGUAUAACAAUACUACUUGUCUUAAUUUACCAACCAUGUUUCAAUCUUCUCCUCAAGAAGACUUUCUUUCUCGCCGAUGUGUAUGGGUGAAUGGUCCUGUUAUUGUGGGGGCUGGUCCUUCUGGUUUAGCUGUUGGUGCUGGCCUUAAACAACAAGGCGUUCCAUUCAUAAUUCUUGAAAGAGCUAACUGCAUUGCCUCUCUUUGGCAAACCAGAACGUAUGAUCGCCUCAAACUUCACCUUCCUAAACAAUUCUGUCAACUACCCAACUUUCCAUUUCCCGAGGACUUUCCUGAAUACCCGACAAAGUACCAGUUUAUUAGCUAUCUUGAAUCUUACGCGAAACAUUACGAUAUAACGCCACAAUUUAAUGAGACUGUGCAGUCCGCUAAGUAUGAUGAGACUUUUGGCUUGUGGCGGGUCAAAACCAUUUCGAUAAUAACUGGUUCUAUUUCAACUGAAGUGGAGUACAUUUGCCGGUGGCUUGUGGUGGCCACAGGUGAAAAUGCAGAGAAGGUAGUGCCAGAGUUCGAAGGUGUACAAGAAUUUGGUGGCAAUAUUAUGCAUGCCUGUGACUAUAAAUCCGGCCAAAAUUAUAGUGGAAAGCGUGUACUAGUCGUUGGCUGUGGCAAUUCAGGCAUGGAAAUUUCUCUUGAUCUGUGUAAUCACAAAGCAAGCCCAUCAAUGGUGGUUAGAAGUUCGGUUCAUGUCUUGCCUAGAGAAAUAUUUGGAAACUCAACAUUUGAAUUAGCUGUGACAUUGAUGAACUGGCUGCCACUUUGGUUGGUUGACAAGAUACUUUUAAUUCUUGCCUGGUUAAUUCUUGGAAAUCUUGAAAAAUUUGGGCUAAAAAGGCCGUUUAUAGGACCUUUACAACUCAAGAAUUCUGAAGGGAAGACUCCAGUAUUGGACAUUGGUGCAUUAGACAAAAUAAGAUCUGGUCAAAUCAAGGUUGUCCCUGGAAUCAAGAGGUUCUUUAAUGGCAGAGUGGAACUCGUCAAUGGGGAAAAGCUUGAAAUUGAUUCUGUAAUUCUAGCAACUGGAUAUCGUAGCAAUGUUCCUUCAUGGCUAAGGGAAAAUGAAUUCUUUUCAGAAGAUGGGAUUCCCAAAAACCCAUUUCCAAAUGGGUGGAAAGGAAAGGCAGGGCUAUAUGCUGUUGGGUUUACCAGGAGAGGUUUAUCAGGUGCAUCUCUUGAUGCAAUUAGUGUCGCACUUGACAUAGCCAAGAGCUGGAAAGAAGAAACAAAGCAAAAAAAGAAAACAGUUGCUGCUCGUCACAGAAGAUGCAUUUCACAUUUCUGAAGCCAGUUUAAGAACUAAUGAUCAAUUGGUUUUAUUUAUGACUGAUCUGUCAAAAAAGGGAUCAGUUUCAUGUAGAAAAUAAUAAUGUAGAGCACAAGAAAAUUAACACACUAUCCAACAACAAGCCCUCUCCUGAAGAAACCCCAAGACUUGCAAAUAAUUGGGAUUUUAUUUUUCUUUUUUUAAUUUUUUGUACAAAGGAAGAUGAGGCUUAAUAGAGUGUGUACUUAUGUGUAAUUUUUUUCUUAUUUUAUUAAUUUUUUUCAAAUGUACCAUGUGUCAAAAUUUAAUAAUUCAAGUCAAAUAAAAAGGAAUAGUUUCCCCUCUCCAGUAUA